UCUGAUGUGAUCAUUAACCCUCUGGAAACGGCAGCUGGCAGUGCUCUGAGGUUUGUCAUUAGAAUGUGAGAAGAGCCUCACAGACACUGCACAGGCUGUUCAAAGAAGUUUGAUUCCCUUUGGGAGCUACUGUUCCUUUACAGUGUGGCAGAAAAAUGAGAUUUCAACAAUUCUUUUUUGUAUUUUUAGUUUUUAUGAUGAGUCUUCUUCUUAUCAAUGGACAAAGACCAGCUAAUUUGGCCACGAGAAGGAAACUACAUAGACUCAGCUGCCACCAGAGGAGAUGCAUUCCUCUCCAUUCACGAGUGCCCUUCCCCUGAGAUCGUCUCUUGCUAACUUCACCCCAUCUGCCCGAUGAAGAAGAGGAGCCAAGGAAAGAUGCCCACCCACUCACAAACUACUGUGCUUGCUUAGAAGUUCCUGUUUGAAAAGAAAUCACUUGAAAGCACCUGGGAUGUCUUCUUAGUUUCACAGGAUUCUCUUCUCUUCUUUCAAAAGGGAAAAUAACAAAUUCAAAAGCAAUGACAGUGUGAAGCACAGUUAUUUACCUGCACAACAAAUAUCUCAUCUUUUCUGUACAUUAUAAUUCUUAUGUGGAUUGAAAAGAAAAAUACUUAGUAAGGUCUUAAGACUAUAAUAGUGAAAAGUACAAAAAUUAAAUGUUUUCCUUUCAUAUUCCUAAAAUUCUUUAAAAUAUUAAAAUAAAUUUAUGUAUGUUUGAGUAGUUAUUUUAAAAAAUGCUAUAUCUGGAAUCAAUUUUAAUGACUAUUUGGCUUUGCAGAAUUGAGAGAAAAUAAUUGGUUCAUCAAUUAUUUGUAUAGAAAGACUAAGAAAGAGGUUAUUAAUUGCUACCAAUUUUAUAUUAUAGGCUUUAAUGUUUAUAAAAGUAUUUUUAUUUUGAAUAAUAUUCAUUUAAAGUUGUAAAAAAAGUUUGAAAUACUAAUUGUAGCUCAUUUUAUUUUAAAACAAAUGUUCAUCUCUGAAUCUUUUUCUCAUCAUGUAAUUACAAGAAACCAACGUUUGAGUUUCUUUGAAGUUGUUUCACGUCCUUGAUUCAGUGCAGUUUCUUAGAAAGGCCCGCAUAAAGGUGACGUUUAAAAUACAGUUAUGCCGUCACUGUCUAUCUUGGGAGAAUGCCUGUGCCUUCUCCUUUCUUUCCUGAGCACUCUCAGGAGCACCUUUCCCUUCCCCCUCUUGUCCUUCCCGCCACUUGCCACCCCCCACCCCCACCCCAUUCAUUACUUUUGCCUUUUUCUCUCUGAAGCUCCAAGGAUCCUUUUGCCUCUAACUUGUUUCCUGAGCCUACACAGCCCAGCUGGCUCACUUCUACUACCUCUGUAACUUUCUAAAUAAACUUUAUGUU